AUGCGUUGGUUGCCAACCCUAAUUUUCUCUCCUUCUUCCUCUUCGUCGUCAUCGUCAUCGUCAUCGUCUUCCAUUACAUAUCCUUCCACGUUAAAACAUUCUCCUUCUUCUUCCUCUUCCGAUGUUUCCGUUUCCGAUACUCGGAAACCCUCUCGCGGCACGUGGUUUUUCGGUAACGGUAGAAAAUCCACGCGGUCCAGGAAGCUCCGACACGUUGAUGAUGUUCACAUUGAAUACGACGUAUCAGCGCCUAUUUCUCGUUCGAGCUCGCGGAGCUAUAUUCGGUCUAAUACUUCUUCAUCCGUUGCGCCUCAGCCAUUGCCAUUGCCGGAAUUAGCUUCUCCGGCAGGGUUGCAAAGGAAUAAAGAUGGUGAUCGGCGUUUGCCGUCGCCUAAAGAAGCCUCUGGUAGAGCCAUUGAAUCUGAUGCGCAUGCCGUCGUUUCUCUUCCCACUGGAUUUAAGAUGCGGAGUGUUUUUGCUAGCCGAGAGACGAGAGGAAAUACGGAGCAUAUGGAGACGAAGCCACCUGGGAAUAUGAUGGCGCGUCAAGAUACAAGUGGUGCUGCGACUCCAAGUUUUCGAGAAAAUAGCUUCCGGAUAAGUGUUCCUCCAAGGAGUGCUUCGAGCAGUCCCUUUACCAGUCCCACAACAAACAACACCAAACAUGAUGAUUUUGUGCCGUAUUAUUAUGUGUCACCUAAAGCAAAUCAGUUCUGGUCUGCACCAGAAAUGCCAACAUCUACAGGACAACCACCUCCUGCUUUCUUUGAUUUGUCUGCAUUAGGUAUUGAUUAUGCCUCUUCUCCCCAUCAAAGUUCUGGAGGAAAAAGUCCCAAACAACAAAACCCUUCUUCACCCCUACCAAGGUUAUCCCUCGACUACCCAACAACUUCACGUCGUGAGAGUCUUGGUCCUCCUCUCAGUGUUCAUCCUUUACCCUUGCCUCCUUGGUCUGGGAGUUCCUUACCCUCACCCUCUGCUAACUAUUCCCAACCUGGGGGAGCUAAGACAGAAUCUAUAUCUAUGAAAAGUCAAUGGCAAAAGGGUAAACUUAUCGGGCGAGGUACUUUUGGAAGUGUUUAUGUUGCCACUAAUAGAGAAACUGGAGCAUUGUGUGCAAUGAAGGAAGCAGAAAUAUUUUCUGAUGAUCCAAAAUCUGCAGAGAGUACAAAGCAGUUAGAACAGGAAAUUAAAGUUCUUAGCCAUCUGAAACAUCCAAACAUUGUGCAGUAUUACGGUAGUGAAAUAGUAGAAGACAAGUUUUAUAUUUAUUUGGAGUUUAUCCAUCCUGGUUCAAUAAAUAAAUAUGUUCGUGACCACUGUGGUGCGAUAACAGAAUCUGUUGUUCGGAAUUUCACACGACAUAUUCUUUCGGGGCUGGCUUACUUGCACAGCAAAAAGACAAUUCAUAGGGAUAUCAAAGGGGCUAACUUGCUUGUUGAUUCUUCUGGUGUUGUUAAGCUUGCUGAUUUUGGGAUGUCCAAGCAUCUAACUGGGCAUUCUGCUGACCUGUCUUUGAAAGGAAGUCCAUACUGGAUGGCUCCAGAGCUUAUGCAAGCGGUCAUGCAUAAAGACAACAACUCUGAUCUAGCUUUUGCAAUUGAUAUUUGGAGUUUGGGUUGUACAAUUAUUGAAAUGUUCACGGGGAAGCCUCCUUGGAGUGAAUACGAAGGAGCUGCAGCUAUGUUUAAGGUAAUGAAGGAUACCCCUCCUAUACCUGAAACAUUGUCAUCAGAAGAUCCUUCAUCUUCCGCCCAUCUGUAUAAUGGAACAACCACAAUGGAUAAUUCCCAUAGUCCCAGAGGGUUAUAUGAAAGCAAACCUGAUCAGUUUUCUAUUGUCAGUGCACAGAUCGCAAAAGGGAAAUUUUGCACUGAGAGUGGCAUAGCAAUGUCCCAUUCUCUCUACUCUUGA